AGAGACCUCUACAGCACUGAGAUCCAGGCAUGGCACCUACAAUCACUGCAGCACUGACCAACUCUCAGGAGCCUCACACUCUGACCCACAAGCUCAGAAAGCCUCUGGUGGAGAAGGUACGCAGAGAGCGAAUCAACAGCAGCAUUGAGCAGAUCAAGUCUCUCCUGGGUCCAGAAUUCCUCCAACAGCAGCCAGACUCCAAGCUGGAGAAAGCAGACAUCCUGGAGAUGACAGUUUGUGUCCUGAGACGACUGCAGCAGCAGAAUCAAGCUGUGGACUCAGCAGCUGUCAACCAGGGCUACUCCAGGUGUGUCCAAGAGUUGACACACUUCCUGUCCAAAGAGCAGGUGAAGACGCAGUCCCAGAGGAGACUACUGAACCACGUCAACAAGAUGCAAUCUUCCUCUGAUAAGAACCUGAGAGAGGCUGACUUCUCUCUGCUGAGCUCCACAGUCCAGACCAGCAUCACCCAAGGGAAGAGUCCAGUCAACAGCGCCCCCUGGCGGCCGUGGUAG